ACUUCACCAAUUUUUUUCCCCUCUCCGCCCACCUUCCCAUUUCUAUAUCUUUCUACCUUUGAUUCCCACUGCCACAAAUGGAGGUCGAAGUGGUGGCGCCGCUCCCUACGACGGAGUUCAACUUCGACAGCUCAUGUUCAUCGCCGUACAUCACCGCUCCCUCAAGCCCGCAACGCUUCGGCGGGAACCUCUUAUUCUCCACCGCUCCAACCAGUCCUUCUCAUGAUUCUUCGUUGUACGGUGAACUCAACGGCGUUUCUCACGUCGUCGGUUCUUCACCGGCGGUCCCUUUCGGGUGGGAGCCGAAGCAAAGCAACGACGACGAUGAUGGCAACAAUGGGUGUGGAGAUUUCGAGUUUAAUUUCAGCGGCCAGUUGGAAAGAACUUCAUUAUCAGCCGACGAGUUAUUCGCCGGUGGUAAGAUAAAGCCGCUUAAACCACCGCAUUUGUUCGAACCACCGCAAGCGAAACAAGAACAACGAGGAAGAGAAAGGAAAUCUGGAUUUUCAUUUUCAUCGUCAACAACAUCAUCUUCAAGCUAUAAUUACAAUCUAAUUCACAAAAAAAGCCGAUCUUUAUCCCCAUUUAGAGUCACCAACAUCAUUUUGGAUGAACAAGAUGAAUGUCCCUCAAAUUUCGAAAACCCCAUCAAUUUUUCAUCAACAAAAACCCCCAAAUCCUACGUUUCAUCGAUCUUUUCAGCCAUUUCGUUUCAAAGAGGCAAUAAAAAAUGGAAACUGAGGGACUUAUUGCUGUUUAGGAGUGCAUCUGAAGGCAGAGCAACGAACAUCAAAGAACCUUUGAGGAAAUACUCUGUUUUGGGUAAGAAAGAAGUGGAAGAUGUUAAACACGCGCCAUCGUUGACGACGGCGAGUUCGAAGCGGAGAACGCCUCCGGUAUCGGCACACGAGCUGCAUUAUACGGUGAAUCGGGCCGUCGCGGAGGAGAUGAGGCGGAAAACAUUUUUGCCUUACAAACAAGGUCUCCUUGGAUGCUUGGGUUUCAACCCUGGUAGUAUGCAUGAGAUUUCUAGAGGUGUUGGGUCUUUGACACGUGGAUAAAUAAAAAAUUUCUUUUUUAUUUAAUUUUUUUAUUCGAGUUGUCGAGAUUUUUUUUUGUUUAUUUAUGAAAUUAUUCAUGUUCGAGAGGAAUGUUGAUGUGGUAAUAUUUUUCAAAGACAUAAAUUAUUUAAUUUUUAAAA